CUUCUGAUGGAGAUGUUAUCACUGUUGAUCCAUCUUCUAUAAUUCUCCUCACUGAACCUAUGACACCGAAUGGUCUUACUUUCAAACCAAUUCCUUACAUGCAACCUUUUUUAUUUAUACCAGAGUAUUUGGAGUAUCAUGCUUUAGCCCAUGAGUAUUAUACACAAAUAAGUAAGAAAAAGAAGGGUAUACGACAAAGGCGUCUGAUUCCUAUUGAGGAUAGAUUCAAAAUUAACAUGGAUUGA